UUAUCCAUUGGCUGAGGUUAUUGGAAUAGAUAUAUCCCCGAACCAACCAACUCAGAUCAAACCCAAUAACUUUGAGUUCAUUAAGGCAAAUGUUCAAGAAAGAUUACCAUUCGAUGAUGACACUUUUGAUUUUGUAUUUCAACGGCUUUUGAUUCUCGGACAUACUAGUGAGAAGUGGCCAAAAGUAAUAGAUGAGCUUGUCAGAGUUUUAAAACCAGGUGGAUUCUUAGAAUUAUGUGAAACUUCCCUUCCAUUUGAUGAAGGGCCAGCUACUCAACGUAUAUGGAAGGCCGAAUCUGAAAUAUUAACGGAACAAGGCAGUGAUUUGAAUGUAUAUCAAAAAUUAGAUCAAUAUUUACAAAACCAAGGUCAACUGGAAAAUAUUAACAAAGAAGUGAAAAAAACCUAUUUUGGUGUAAAGCACAACAAUAUUGAAUUUGGUAAAGCGUUUACCAAUGACAUGGUUUCUGUAAUAAAUUCUCUUAAACCUGUUUUAACAAAAAAAUUACAAAUUUCUGGUGAAGAAUAUGAUGAGUUAGUCAAAACAUCAGAAAAAGAAUUAUUUGAACAUGAUACUUAUAUUUAUUGGGUUCGAGCCUAUGCAAGCAAGGUUAUUGAUGAUAAUUAA